UGCGCUCACUUCCUGCGGGGGCGGGGCUUGCUGCCUGCGGAUCCCAGCGCUCCGGCGCCGCGCCGCGCUCCUGGCGCAGGACAAGGAGGUGUACUUCAAGAAUCUUUCAAAACAGAAGCAAAAGGAAGUCAUGGAGAAGAAUGGAAACAACCACAAACUUCGUGUUUGUGUUGCUACUUGCAACCGUGCUGAUUAUUCAAAAUUAGCUCCCAUUAUGUUUGGUAUUAAGGCAGAACCACAGUUUUUUGAGCUUGAUGUCGUAGUGCUUGGUUCCCACCUGAUUGAUGAUUAUGGUAACACCUAUCGUAUGAUUGAGCAAGAUGACUUUGAUAUUCAUACAAGAUUGCACACCAUUGUGAGAGGGGAGGAUGAGGCAGCUAUGGUGGAGUCGGUGGGCCUUGCAUUGGUCAAGUUACCUGAUGUCCUCAACCGCCUGAAACCUGACAUAAUGAUAGUUCAUGGGGACAGAUUCGAUGCUUUGGCCCUGGCCACAUCUGCAGCCCUGAUGAACAUCCGCAUUCUUCACAUUGAAGGUGGGGAAGUCAGCGGGACCAUCGAUGACUCCAUCAGACAUGCCAUAACCAAACUGGCCCAUUACCACGUGUGCUGCACGAGGAGUGCAGAGCAGCACUUGAUAGCCAUGUGUGAAGACCACGACCGCAUCCUUUUAGCAGGCUGCCCCUCAUAUGACAAGCUUCUCUCCGCCAAAAACAAGGACUACAUGAGUAUUAUUAGCAUGUGGCUAGGUGAAGAUGUCAAAACCAGAGAUUAUAUAGUUGCUCUGCAGCAUCCUGUAACUACAGAUAUUAAGCAUUCCAUAAAAAUGUUUGAGCUGACACUAGAUGCACUUAUCUCCUUCAACAAGAGAACACUUGUUCUAUUCCCUAAUGUGGAUGCAGGAAGCAAAGAGAUGGUUCGUGUGAUGAGGAAGAAGGGCAUUGAACACCAUCCCAAUUUUCGGGCAGUAAAGCAUGUGCCAUUUGACCAGUUCAUUCAGCUAGUUGCUCACGCUGGUUGUAUGAUUGGUAACAGCAGCUGCGGUGUCAGAGAGGUGGGAGCGUUUGGCACACCUGUCAUCAACCUGGGGACACGGCAGACAGGAAGAGAAACAGGUGAAAAUGUUCUUCAUGUUCGUGAUGCUGAUACACAGGAUAAGAUUCUUCAUGCUCUCCAGCUGCAGUUUGGGAAGCAAUAUCCAUGUUCAAAGAUAUAUGGAGAUGGUAAUGCUGUUCCAAGGAUUUUGAAAUUCCUUAAAUCUAUUGACCUCAAAGAACCAUUGCAAAAGAAAUUCUGUUUUCCUCCUGUCAAAGAUAAUAUCUCUCAAGAUAUUGACCAUAUUCUAGAGACACAGAGUGCUCUGGCAGUGGAUCUAGGCGGUACAAAUCUCCGAGUAGCAAUCGUCAGUAUGAAGGGUGAAAUAGUUAAGAAGUAUACCCAGCUGAACCCUAAAACCUAUGAAGACAGGCUAGCAUUAAUUCUAAAGAUGUGUGUAGAGGCUGCAUCAGAGGCAGUAAAUGUAAACUGCAGAAUUUUGGGAGUAGGUAUUUCCACAGGUGGACGGGUAAACCCUCGAGAAGGAAUUGUGCUUCACUCUACAAAACUCAUUCAGGAGUGGAGCUCUGUGGAUCUCAGAACUCCUAUAUCUGAUGCUUUGCACCUGCCAGUCUGGGUGGACAAUGAUGGAAACUGUGCUGCACUAGCAGAGAGAAAAUUUGGUCAUGGAAAAGGAAUAGAAAAUUUUGUAACACUGAUUACUGGUACAGGAAUUGGAGGUGGUAUCGUUCAUCAACACGAAUUGAUCCACGGCAGUUCUUUCUGUGCUGCUGAGCUCGGGCAUAUUGUCGUAUCCUUGGAGGGACCAGAGUGCCUGUGUGGCAGCCAAGGAUGUAUAGAAGCAUAUGCCUCAGGAAUAGCGUUACAGAGAGAAGCUAAGAAACUGCAUGAUGAUGAUCUGCUUUUAGUAGAAGGAAUGUCAAUGAAGGAGGAGGAGAUUGUUAGUGCUGCACACCUUAUUCAAGCAGCUAAACUUGGGAAUACAAAAGCAGAGAGCAUUCUCAGAACAGCUGGGACGGCGUUGGGCCUUGGCGUUGUGAACAUCCUACACACCGUGAACCCGUCUCUUGUGAUCCUUUCUGGAGUUCUGGCUAACCACUAUGUUAAUGCUGUCAAAGAUGUCAUAAAUCGACAGGCGCUGUCCUCUGUUAAAACAGUGGAUGUGGUGGUCUCAAAUCUAGCAGAUCCUGCUCUUCUUGGAGCUGCCAGCCUGGUACUGGAUUAUACUACACGUAGAAUAUACUAAAGAAUUACAGAAGAAUUGGAGAAUUGGACUAUUCAAAUUCCUGAUGGGUGGAGGGAAUACUUUGCCCCAAACUUUGCUUUGAUGACAGCAGCUAAUGAAUCAAAGUAGUGUUCUGAGUAGUUAGUGACUACUGUAGCAUUUCCUAAUUGAGGUAUUAUCUUUUUGUAUUUUUCCUAAAUUUCAGCUGACUUCAUUGGAAGUAAUGUGCAAUUCUGGUUUUUAAGCACCUCUGUUGUUAAGCCUAUACAUUA